UCUCACUUUCUCUGGAGUCGGUCCGCUGUCAUUUAGGCUGUCACAGCUAAGUUGUCAAAGUGAGCAUUCAAAACGAGCGGAUAUGUUGACCCUUUGUGGCACAGAGGCGGAAACACUGGAGUCUUUCAGAGCUCCACUGCAUGACUUUGUCAUUGGGUGAGCCUCAAAACUCUUGCCCGCUGAAGGGCAUUUUUGCCUGCUAGAAAGCAUUUUCAGCUUCCUUGGGGGGAAGAAAACAACCAAAUGUCUGUAUUGGAGGCAAGAUUUUUUUGUGCCACAGCUUACAGGUACCUGUGCAUAGAAGUCUGGCUAUUCAGACAUGAAGAGUUUGUUGGUUAACAUCUGAUUCGGCCAUUCCUUGGAACUGCCAGUGAAGAAAAAAACAGCAAGGGCAAAAAAGACAGGUGACGUAGGCUUCAAAUUGCAAACUGACGGAAAACCAGCAGCCAUAGCAACCCCAGGGAAAACCUCCAACUGGAUUGUUUGUGGCAUUGAAAGACCUUUUUUUUCAAACUGUGUCUACUUUUUACUUGUGUGUGUGAAAUGUCCCUCCAGAGGAGUGUUUACAGGAUGUUAUCUGUCUCCGUCCCUGCCCCUUAUCCCUUGGAGUGGGUUCACUGGAAUGCACAGAGGGGAUGGAGGAGCUCCAAGAGGGAGUGACAUAGGACAGAGUGUAUAUAUACAUCCCGACCCUGGGAGGUUCCUGCUCAGAGGCACAGCUGGUCUUUUCUAGAACUGGAGUGUCCCCCUACGCACUUGCCGGACUCGGGAAGAGAAAAAUCUACUGAUGUGGUCCUAGGCUUUAUGGACUGGUUACUGCUUAAAACAAGCUAGAAGAGACGGUUGUGGGUUUGCUGUAAAUAGAUUUCAGAAGAAGAAGAUAAUUUUUUUAAAUUCAGAGAUGAAUCGCGUGGAAGAAUGGGUGCUGCAGAACAGGAGCCAAAUUGAGAAAGGUGUGGAAAUAAUUGGGCAAAGCUGUGAGGUGCUAGCGGGCACGGUUGGCCAGCUCCAUCCAAUCCUGGAAGCUGUGUUCGUGGCUGCAUCUGAAAUCCUGAGCAACCCAGAUGGUCAGGAGGCUCGAUACCUGGCUGAGCAGUUUGGGAAGGUAAACCAAAAGCUGGAGGGCAUAAGGGCCGAGAUUGACCAGAUUUCCCGAGAGAUCCAGCGAACGUCCAUGAACAAGCAACAUUUUGACCUUGAAGCUCACAUGCUCAGCCAGUACGACACAUUCCAGGCCUUUGUGAAUUCCAAGCCUGAAUUCAGGAAAAAGAAAAUGGAAAAAUUUUUGAAACAAUAUGAAAACACAGAGGGUGACCUGAACAUUGAUGCUCUUUACAAUGCAGUAAUUGGAGAAAACCUCUCUGGGGACCCUCUACUGGUCACAGUGGUUGCCACUGAACAGAAGAGCCGAAGGCCUGUGGAAGACUUCUGUGCUCGGUUGAAGAAGCUCUUCGUUGUUGGCAUCAUAGCAGUAAUGGGUUAUACCUCCCUUAAGGAUGGAGCCAUAGGCGAGGCAAUGGUUAAGAAAUGGCAGGAGCGAAUGGAGAUAGUGGAGACCCGCAUGAAAGCUGCUGUGGAUGACUGCAUACAAAACUUUGCCACUCAAGCCAAGAUAGACAUAGAGAAUGAGCUUCUGCAGAAUCCUGCCAGCGUUGAUCCUGAGUUUACCAAGUCACUAUUAGAUAUUCUUGCUAAAAAAUAUGACUGGGUCUCCUGGUCUGUUCAGGUCUUCAGUCACAAUGGCUGGUUCUUUUGGAACUGGCUGGCUGGAAAGAAAUGCUAUGGCACCAGCGGCAACAACUGCUUCGACAUCCUGACCAAGAACAACAUGCGGGUCAUGGUGUCAUUUAGCGCCGCGCCAAAGCCGAUAAACAAGGCGCAGAUCCAAGGGCAGAUCGAGAAGCAGAAGAUAAAGGGGGACAUGGUGGAUGCAGCUCUGUUGCUUGGCAACAGCCUGCCCAGUUGCGUGGUGAAUGCCGUCAGCCAGUAUAAAAAAGUGGAAGAAUCCAACAACUUCCAAGUGGACUGUUUUUACUCUGUGCAGUAUAAAAAAGCGUAUCUGUGCAUUCACUCUGACUAGCCUUUCGAUGGCCAAAGUUUGAAAAAUGUGCAUCAUUGUCCAUAAGCUUAACAUUUAUCAGUAAACACUCAUGCAUAAUUGUUUUUUUAAAGGGUAGAGGGUCACAUUUUGCAUCCUGUUCAGACUAUUGGAUUUUUAAAACUCGUUUGUCAAAUGCUUUGGUAUAAUGUUUAAAUAUCAAGAUUUAUGAGAAUGAGAUUUUUGUUGAUCUUUUAUAUGGGAAAUAUGCAUUUAAUUUGCAAUAUAUACAUAUAUUAAAUAUACAUAAAUUUCUCGUUUGUUA